UAAAUAUCAAUGCGGGCGCUUAAAUGUUCAAGAUGGCGCCCAGACGGCCAAGCGAAGAAGAGUUGGGAAGAAAAUGGGAUCGGUGCCUUGUAGAUACAACGUUUAAAACUGUUGGUGGAGCCGUGUUUGGCGGUGUUCUUUCGUUACUGUUCUUCAAAAGGGCUGCAUGGCCUGUUACAUUAGGAAUUGGUGUAGGCCUUGGAGCUGGAUAUUCAAACUGUAGACACCAGUUGUACUGGCAGGGCCCUCCUGGAUCUCCAUUUGGAAGGCCUCAUUGGGGAAGGCCUUUUUGGGGCAGGCCUGGUGAAGGUGGUGAAAGACGACCCUCUUUCAAGGUAGGUUAAGGAACAUGGAAAGAUGUUACAGAUAAGGGUCCAGUUGUUCAAAGGGUGAAUAACAUUAUGCAACAGAUAAAUUGCUAUUUAGCAGAUGGGUGUUAGCAAAACAUAUAGCAUUAUCCACCAGAUAGAGAUUUAUUCAGUGGAUAGUACCAUCCAACAUUUCAACAACCAGGGUAAGGUGCUUUACCAUCAGGACAAAGCACUUUUCUCUUUAUUCUGGUUACUUAGAAACACUGGGAAGUCCUGGCCAAUCAAGGUAUUUUCUUGAUUGCAAAAAACCAUGUCACACCACCCAAUAAAUAUCGCAGUCAGUUUUAUUAAACCCUGUAACUCCCAAGAUCUCAUUAGUGAUUCUCUUUACUGUAUGCCGUAAAAUUCAUAUGAUAUUGGUUUUGAUAAUUUGGAAUUGGAUCAACUAAUAAUCUGGU